AUGGUCUUCGCUUUAAGCCGCUCCCUUGUCACGUCUUCCCGCAUGGCCACACGCUCCAUGAACAUGCUACACCAGCAGCAAAAGGCCAUGAAGCACACACACACGUUGGUGCUCAUCCGUCACGGCGAGAGUGAGUGGAACAAGAAGAACUUGUUCACUGGCUGGUACGACGUGCAGCUCUCAGAAAUGGGCAACACGGAGGCAGUAGCCGCUGGUCAGUUGCUCAAGAAGGAGGGCUAUACUUUUGACGUUGCCUAUACGUCGUAUCUCAAGCGUGCCAUCCGUACGCUGUGGCACGUGCUCGAACAGACUGACCAGAUGUGGAUCCCCGUGCACAAAAUGUGGCGUCUGAAUGAGCGCCACUAUGGUGCGCUCACGGGUCUGGACAAACAAUCAACUGUGGAGAAGCACGGAGCCGAGAAGGUCCUGGAGUGGCGUCGCAGUUACAACAUCCCUCCUCCCGACCUUGACACGUCCAGUGAGUACUACCCGGGUAACGACGUCAAGUACAAGGGCAUACCCAAGGAGCACCUGCCCCUCGCUGAAUCUCUCGAGCUUACGGCCGCCCGUGUGCUGCCUGAGUGGGAGAGCACCAUCGUGCCCAGCAUCAAGGCAGGCAAGAAUGUGGUGGUCGCCGCUCACGGCAACAGUCUACGCGCCCUCGUGAAGCAUCUGGAUAACAUCUCGGAGAACGAGAUCACGGGCCUCAACAUUCCCACGGGCAUUCCGCUAGUCUAUCACCUGGACGAGAACCUUAAGCCUAUUCCGCACAAAGACGCCAUUGCACCCCUGGGGGCCUUUUACUUGGGUGACCAGGAUGAAAUCCGUGCUCGUAUUCUUGGUGUCAAGAACCAGACCAAGUAA